AUGAAGACUUACGUCGUUCGUGGAGUUCUUGGUAUUCUCUCUUUGUCUGUCGUCUGGACAUCGUCGUAUGCUAACAUGUUAUCCCGCCAUUACACACUUCGCAGGUCGUUUAACAACAAGGUUUUCAAUACAAACAACAACAUGGGGUACACCGCGAAAUCAUUAAUUAAGUGCUCCGCCAAGUGUGAAGAAGAUUGCGACUGCUUGGGGUUUAACUCACGAACGAAGAAGUGUCACAUCUUCAAAGCCUGUCUUGCCGAGGACGUGACUGGUGAUGAAUUAGCAUGGAAAUAUUACAUUCCAGAAUAUCCAGAGGAUUGUCAGGAACUGUUUGGAGGAGGAGAAACCACUUCCGGUGUUUACACCAUCCGUCCCCCGGGAGACCGUCGUUUGGUGACUGUAUACUGCGACAUGGCGACAUCUGGUGGUGGUUGGACUGUAAUACAGAAUCGGGUGAACGGCACAAUGAACUUCAACAGAUCCUGGGAGGAGUACAGGACAGGUUUUGGAGACGCAUUCACCAGUUACUGGAUAGGGAAUGCUAUCAUCCACCAAUUCACGAAAGAAAGCAGCGCCUCCCUCUACAUCAGUGUUACAAACGUGGAUGGAACCUCUCUAUAUAUAAUAUACGAUAACUUCUCUAUACUUGGAGAAGGCAACCAGUACAGCCUGAACAUCACAGGGGCAUAUUCAGGAUCACUGGAUGGAAUACCACAGGGGCGUAUUCAGGAUCACUGGGUCAGUGUGGGGAGUGAGUUUAUUAGAUGGAACAUCGCAGGGGCGUAUUCAGGAUCAAUGGGUCAAUGUGGGGGUGACAGCAUCAGAAACGCAACCGUUCGUGGUAUUAUCAACGGAAUGAAAUUCACCACAUAUGACCAAGAUAACGACUAUUAUACAAAGAAUUGUGCUAUUAGGUGGGGAGGAGGAUGGUGGUUUAACGACUGCACGGACGUCUUCCUUAACGGACUCUAUAAUCCGCCUGAAAAUUGGCUUCAACCGUGGUACCCGCCAUAUAUGGAUGGAAAAGAUGUCGCUCGAACGAAGAUGAUGAUUAGGCGAUGA